AUGGGGAACUCCCUGCUCUCCAUGCUCUAUCUGUACAUGUUUUUAUUCCAACGUCAGCUGAAGAAGCCCAUCGAUGCCAUUUUCAUGCACCUGACUGUGGUCAACAUCCUGAAUCUCACCUUCACAAUGUUGCCAGACAUCAUAGCAUGCUUCGGAAUCCAGCGAUUUCUGAACGAUGUGGGCUGCAAGGUGGUGGUGUACUUCUUAAGAGUCACCCGGGGACUGUCCAUCUGUACCACCUCACUCCUCAGUGCUUUUCAGGCCAUCACCAUCAGCAACAGCCAUGCUCAAUUGGUGUGGCUUAAAUCUAAGCCUUCCAUGUGGAUUUUCCCUUCUUUCCUCUUCUUCUGGGUCAUCAAUAUGGUCAUCUAUGUCCCGGUCAUUACAGCUAUGAAAGUCAAAAGCAAUUUCACCUUGGUUGGUCCUGGGUUUUCCAAUGCAUAUUGUGAGACUCGGCGGAUAGAAGACAAUAGAUCAUGGUAUUUCAUCUCUAUCUUAUUAUUUCGAGAUCUCGUGUUUGUUUUCCUCAUGAUCACCACCAGCUUCUAUAUGGUGACCUUCCUGUACCGACACCAUAAGACAGCCCGGCACCUCCAUAGUCCCAGGCUUGCUUCCCAGUUGGCACCUGAGAACAAGGCCACCCACACCAUCUUACUAGACCAGGACUGGAACUUGGUAUCUGAUGCUUUUGCUCAUCAUCUGCUGCUCCACAAGUUCCCUAUCCCUCCACUGGACACUCAACCUAGUUUGAAGUCUACUCCCCCUGUUAUCCUUCCUGUUCACAAUCUCUAUACACAGUUGGCACCCUGA